UCUACUACCUACGUAAAUGAAGAAUAUUAUUAAUUUUGAAUUGUGAUUUUUAUAUUGAUGUGUUGAUACUUUUAUUGAAAUUAAUUGUUUAGUAAAAGUAAAGUUCCUUGUUUUAGUGGAAUCAAAAGCAGUAUUUUGUUAUUUGACUGACCUUAACGUCAAAAUGUUAAGAUUUCGAAAUAAAAUGGGUACUGAGCGCAGUAAGGAAUGGCGCUGUUGCGGAUGCUUGCAUGUACGAACCGGAACCAUACUCCUUGGUUCUUGGCAUUUGACCCUUCAUCUCAUAGCUCUGGGAUUCUUGGCUGCUGUGGUCAGGGAUCCAGCUUUGAUGCAGGACUUUGAACAAGAGCAGGAGACUUUUGUAGAUUGGCAUGAUGUUGGUUCAGCAUUACCCACACCCUUGUCUAAUGUGGAAGCGCCUCCCAGUCCACAAUAUGCUGUUAAACCAAGAGACCACAGCUAUAUAUACCAUGACGUAGAUGUUGGUGCUCUAGUAACAGUGUGCACUUUGGCUAUCACUCUGAUGUUAAUAUAUGGUGCAGCUCGUGGCAAACCUGCCCAUAUCCUACCUUUCUUCUGUCUUCAAAUUUUCGAUUUUGCCAUCACCGUAUUAACCGGUAUGGGAUAUCUUUGCUACGUGCGCUCGAUACACCGCCUGGUGAAGGACGCACGUCGCGUUCCAUGGCGGAACGAGUUGCUAACUCUGCCAGCACCUGCACUGGCUUUCCUUAUACUGUGCGCCUUCCUUGUCGCUAUUCUGCAGAAGGCGUAUUUCAUCAACAUGGUGUGGCGCUGCUACAAGUACCUCACGAUGCGUACGCACGCGCUCACCAGCCUCACGCCCUUCGUGAUAUCCAGCGAGGGCUCCGUGAGCCCCAUCGCCCCGUACAGCCGCGCGCCGGUGCCCGUGCCGCAGUACUCCAGCCUGCUGCCCGACUACGAGGAGGCGGUCAAACAGACCCCGCCCCCCUCAUACCGCGCCGCUACGCUCAUGGCUGCCAACCCUGUGCCUGUUGCCGCCAACCAAGCUAACAAGGAUGGAACUGAAGCUCAAGCAGAAGGACAAAACGCCCCCACAAACACUAUGGUAGUCCUCCCGCAACAGGGCUCACAGGCUCCCGUCUAAACAUUACCAUUAACUGCUAAGUCUUCAUUAACUUAUUUUUUAUGCAAUCUUUUUAAUGGUUUUUUUUUAUCACAUGGACUUUAUUUUGGGGCGGGAAACCCAUAUUCUCUUUGAGAAUUCUACACUGAUCCAAAAUUAUAUUACUAGCAUUUUUCCUAUGGGUGUAUGUCUCUAUCAGGUGACGCGUCUGCACGUUUGCCUCGAUCUACCCAAAAAAAAAGAUCUUGUAUUCCAUUUUUACUCUGUUGCCAUAUUUAUUUUUAUGACAUGUUAAUUUUAUUAUUAAUCUGUUUCUUUUCUAUGUUUUUACCAUAUUUUACGGUUUGUGUGUCAUGUAUUCUAGUUUUGAAAUCAUGAAUUUUCUUUGGGUCCAAAUAAAUAUAUUUUGCCAAUUAAAUAUCUUCUAAUAUUAUGCGAUGUCAUUUCAUGGAACAAUGAAUUAAAAUGAAAUAUAGUAUUAUAGAUAAUAGCGUUUUGAUGUCGUAGAAAUGCUAAAAAUUUGCGAUCUCUUGGUGUCUUUUUAUUUUAUUUUGCGUUAUUAGCAUUAAAUCUUAAACAAAACUAUACAUUUUAUUCUUCAAAGAAAUAAAGAUAAUAUUUAUAAACGAAAUUUUGUUUUGUUAUUCUCUACGUAUUUUGUAUUGUUUUCAAAUCAAACAAUAAUUACAUCAAAUGAAAUCGUGUUUUAAAUUUUAUUGAACGUCUAAAGUGGAAAUGCAAUCUAAUUAUUUAUUCUAUAAUAAUUCCUCUAAUUACAUCGACUUCAACUACUUAUAUUUAGAAAUUCUAUAUGUGGUAAAUUACGUACGGUCUACUCCACCUCUUUCGCACAAUCUAAUUUAAUUUCAAUAAUUAUUGUAUACUUUAUGUAAUGUAUUUUUUCUUAUUCAGACGAUACAUAUUCUUUUGAACAAUUGGUAAUGAUAAAAAUAUCUAUUCAUAGUCUCAUAGAGCUCAGGACCGUCCAUUUUGAAAGGCAAUUAAGUUGUGUCAAUUGUAUCAUUGUAUGUUGAAAAAAUCAAAGAGUUCUUUUAAUUUACUCGAAUAUCUAAAUAACUGAUAUCUAUAUAUUAAAACCUAACUUCAAAGGAACUAACCCAGUUUUAUUAGAUAUAUUAUUUAAUCUGUUACGCUUGUGUCAAAUUUAAUAAUAUAUAUAAGCUAAACUCUCUUAUGUAGUUCUACUACGGCCUAUCCUUAGUAAGAUAAUAUUUCCUGUGAAAUAAAGUGUAUUUGGAAACUAACAAUAAUUGUACUUAGCCUGUCUCGGAUAAUAUAUGAAAUAUCCAAUGUGUCGCACUUAGAUGAAUACUGUAUUUUUAUUAUUGAUAAUAUUAUUUGUUGUAUAGUAGUAUUACACGAUAAGGCACUUAAUUAUUCAUGUGUGUAAGAUAAAUCUUGAAAAUAAAUGUUGACAAUGCA